GGCAAUUUCAUAAGUUUUGUGCGUAAGCUCCACCCUGGUUUCCUCAAAUGCCGUCUCGAGAAUAUAUAUUGGUGCCAAAAUAUAGUGAGACCUGAGCUUCUUUAAAGAAUUAACAUUUUGGAUUCGCUGGGAAACUAUUUUUACCAUUCAACCUUUGAGACACUCGACGAUCGACAACAUGCAAAAGAUGACCAAUCAGAAAGAGACCGUGUUCAGUUUGGUGCAGGUGAAAGGGACUUGGAAGCGCAAAGCAGGUCAAAAUGUGAAGCAGCAAACAAAAGGACGAGUUUCAGCAGCAAAAAUUUAUGAAAGCAGCUCUUCCAAUGGCACCAGCUGGACAGUGGUCAGCCCCAUCACCUUCACAUACACAGUUACUCAAACCAAAAACCUUCUCGAUCCUAGCAAUGACACUUUGCUUUUGGGCCACAUCAGAGAUGUUCAGGAACUUGAGUCCGUACGGUCCAGUAGUAAGCCCUUAAAGCGCUUCAUAGUGAUGGAUGAGGUUGUGUACAAUCUCUAUGGUCCCCAGGUCAAAGACUACCUGGAGGCCAGAAACGUCCUGUAUCGAAUCCUUCCAGUGCCCACUACGGAGGAGAACAAGUGUAUGGAGGUGGCAAUGAAGAUCCUGGAAGAAAUCCACAGGUUUGGUGUUGACCGGCGCACAGAGCCCAUCAUCGCCAUCGGAGGUGGAGUUUGCCUGGACAUCGUGGGUCUCGCAGCUUCCCUCUACAGAAGGCGCACUCCAUACAUUCGGGUUCCCACCACCCUUCUGUCUUACAUCGAUGCCAGCGUCGGCGCAAAGACAGGCGUGAACUUUGCAAACUGCAAGAAUAAGCUUGGCAGCUACAUCGCACCUGUUGCCGUCUUCCUGGACAGGUCUUUCAUAAAAUCUAUUCCUAGAAGACACAUAUCUAACGGGCUCGCAGAAAUGCUGAAGAUGGCUCUCAUGAAGCACAAAGGACUUUUUGAACUUCUGGAAACACAAGGGGAGUUUCUAUUAAAUUCCAAGUUCCAAUCCGCAGCGGUGCCGGAGGAAGACAGCAUCGACCCCGCUUCUGUAUCUACACGUGUUGCUAUAGAAACCAUGUUGGAAGAAUUAGCCCCGAAUUUAUGGGAAGAUGAUCUUGACAGACUUGUCGACUUUGGUCACCUGAUCAGCCCUGAACUAGAGAUGAAAGUUCUUCCAGCCCUGCUGCAUGGCGAAGCAGUCAAUAUCGAUAUGGCCUACAUGGUGUACGUGGCCCAUGAGAUGGGGCUCCUUAAAGACACUGAGAAGUUUAGGAUCAUCUGUUGCAUGCUAGGGCUGGAACUGCCAGUGUGGCAUCAAGAUUGCACUUUUGGUCUGGUGCAGAAGUCAUUGUGUGAUAGACUACAACACUCUGGAGGGCUUGUGAGAAUGCCCUUACCAACAGGCCUAGGAAAAGCAGAAAUAUUCAACGACAUCAAUGAAGACACUCUUUUCAGGGCUUUUGAGAAAUGGUGCAAUGAACUCAGCACUGGGUUACCUCAAAGAAACAGCACAAAACAGACAUUUAUAUGAUAUGCUAUUGUUUACAUAUAGGGCAGCUUGGACUUUUGGCUCGUAAUACUUUUUCCUUUUUUAUUUGCAGAGAUUAUGGGCAUUCAGGUGUUAUGCAUUUAAGACAACGUAAAAGCACUUUUUAUUGUCUGAAUGUGAAUGACAAUAUGAUGCAGUAUUUGAAGAUCUGUCUAUAUUUGUGAUAAAGCAAUUUCAUAUUCAAUUUUUCAGAUAACUGUGACAUCAGUCUUUCAGCUUUGUAUGGUGUUUGCAAGUUUAUAAUAAACAAUUCAACUAACAAGUGUAUUACAAGUAUUUACAACUGUAAAUGAAAAGGCACAGCAAACAAGGCUUUAAUACAACAUACAGGUACUUGCAUAGUGAUCUAUU